GAGUCCUAUAAAAAGCGGCAAAAGUGCAGAGCUCCCGCUAAAGACGAAUCCGGCGGUACGUUGGCGGCGGCGGCGGCGGCGGCGACACUGCGGUCCGUGUCUCGCGAGCUCCACACGUCACCGGAAACGGAGUUCCGAUCGGCGAAGGUCGCGAAGCCGGGAACGAGGAUGGAGGAGCUGCGGAGGCUGGAGCGAGCGCAGGCCGCCCUGGAGCUGAUGCACCGUCACGGCGUCUCGCCUCCCGAUCCCGACUCCGAUCGAUUCCUCGCCGAUCUCCUCCUCCUCUUGAUACAACCAUGUGGGGAGCUCGAUAUGGACCGGAAGUGCAAUUUAAUUAAUGAAUACUUGCCAAAGAUAUUAAGGACAUUGAUCAAGGAGCCCUCAUAUUUGCCUGAUCCAAAUGAACAAAUGAAGCUGGAAAACAAGGAUUCUAGAUAUGGUCUACCCUGGAACUCACCAGUUCUGGUGGCUGGAUCCACUCGGUUACCCAUCACCUCUAACUUUGUUCAAUCUAAAGUAAACAAGAAGACCGAUUGUGCCCUGCAAACUGAGUUCCAUAAUGUGGCUGUAAUUGGGCUCAAUGCAAUGGAGAGAGCAAAUUCAACCCUUGAGGACUUUUGCAGGUCCUAUUUUAUGUUUCAUGAAAUGGAUGUGAGCAGACCAGAAUCACUAUUCAAAUAUCUACCCAUGCUUUCUUUCACAGAAAGUUACAUUUAUCAGCUGGAUAAUUUAAAUGAGAGAAUAGUGCAGCUAUCUGACGGUGGACUCCCAGUAUUAAAAGCUCAAUCUGAGAUCUUGUCCACUAUACAGGAGAGGGAUCGUGAUCUCAGUAGUGAACUUGUCAAUACAUUCAAAGGAGAUCCAUUCGGACCACUUAAGAGUCUUCUUGAAUUUCGAGGACUUCUAAAUGACAGGAUAAAUGAAGAAUUUAAAUCAGGAGAGGAGUUCUGGGCACUGGAAAGAAAGCUAUGCUCUGCCUUGAUGCACGAGGAGGCGGUUUCAGUUGAAGAUGUCACGAGGGCAAUACAUCUGAAAUCUUUUGAUUACAGGGUACUAAAUCUUUUAUUAUAUGAGUUAAGAGGUGAAAAGGUAAAUGACCUGCACAUGGAGUUUCUUUCCAUAUCGGAGUAUCUGGUAGAGAUCUCUGAUGACCUUUUUGACUAUGAGGAUGAUGUAUUAGAAAAUAGUUUCAAUAUCCUUCGCAUGUUCGUCAAAAUAUAUGGAGCUUCUACAGCCCCAGCCAUGCUGGCGAAAUCAAUUACAGAGGCCGAAGAGAAGUAUGAUCGCUUGCUGAAAGCUUUGGAGCCUCAGUUGUCUGCCGAGUAUCAGAAAAGAUGUGAAGAAGCUACUGCAGAAGGUGGGCGGACUGGAGGACCGUCGCUUGGGACGUGGAGCAUUCCUCCAGUGAUUGUGGAUGAGGAGUCCUAUCGGUCAAACAUGCGAAACUGUUGAUGUAUGGCUCAUCGCUGGGGAAGCGGAUCGACUCUUUUUGAUGUCUUCUGGGGAAAGAGAAGAUCUUGGAGUUUUUACACUUCCCUAGAGUAAGUUAAUCAGAGUUGCCAAUUUCACCUUCCAAAGGUGCUUACGAGGAUUCAGCCUUAUGGGCUAUUUGCUUUGUAGACUAGUGAAUCAUUUUGCUUGCAUAUAAUAGUGCGCAAUAUCUUAUCACAUUUCAAGCCAUUUUAAAAUUGCUUCCACCGCUCUUUGAACUAAAAUCCGGAAGCGGGAAAUUAGUUAAUUCGCAGAAGGCUAAUAUAAAUCCAAAAUCAAGAAUAUUGUACUUUGCGAAA